UCACAUCAUGCAUGUGCAGCUGACAGAUAUGGAGCAAAAUCUCUGAGGAAUAUUUCCAGUACCUUGUUGAAUCUAUGCCACGAAGGAUUAAGGCAGUUCUGUAGGCAAAAGGGGGUCCUGUUUAUUAGUAAGGUGUACCUAAUAAAGUGGCCAGUGAGUGUAUAUGUGUGUUCAAAAAUCACUCAUAAAUCACAGUUCAUCAUUAGCGAGUGUGCCAGUGCAUACUUCAAAACUCAGAGAGGUGUGCGCCCUACAUCCAAUAAUACAUCACUCACUGUAUACGGGGUUACCAUGGAAACAGUGCGGUGUGUUGUAGUCGCCUGGCAAGUGUGCAAAUAAAUGUCUUCUGUAUUUUUCUGAGCAAAUGUCUGGCAUGGAGAGGGACGAAGACACACACACACACACACCUCAGGGCUGAUGGUAUCUGUCCUUAAGACGCAUAUCUGUCUUUGUGUGGUUGUGUUAGUGUGUGUGUGUGUGUGACGGGCAAGAAUGAGCUGAGCAGUUUAUUCACAGCAUGCCGGAGUGUUUCUGUCAGGCGGAUGAUGAAGUGCUUUAAGCAGGGAUCAGAUAUCUGUGCUGUUUAAGACCGCUUUCUCUCUUUCUGUGGGUCAUUCAUGCAGACCUGCAGGAGCGAGAGCAGACGGAUGAGGCCUGGAGAUUUGCACUUGAGCUGUCGAUGUCUUAUGGAGAGAGUGUGAUGGAGGAGCACUGAGGAGGAAAGUUCAUGAAAUAACGAAUCGUUCAGACACUAUAAUUUAGCUGCAGACCAGAGCGAUGUUGUCUCCCGAACAGGAUCUGCUGAAACCAGUCAAAUACGGCGAGCUCAUCGUCCUCGGCUACAACGGCUCCUUGCCGAACGGAGACCGAGGUCGAAGGAAGAGCCGAUUCGCUCUUUUUAGGAGGCCGAAAGCCAAUGGAGUCAAACCCAGCACCGUCCACAGCACAUGCAGCGCUCAGACUGCCAGGGCCAUCAGCAAUAAAGACCAACACAGUGUCUCAUAUACGCUGUCCAGAACACAGACGGUGGUUGUUGAAUACACACACGACAGCACCACCGACAUGUUUCAGAUCGGCCGCUCCACAGAAAGCCCUAUAGAUUUCGUGGUGAUGGACACGGUGGCGGGCUGUAAAGCUAACAGUGAUACGUUGACAUCUCAGAGCACUAUAUCUCGGUUUGCGUGUCGGAUUGUGUGUCAGAGAGCACCGCCGUACACCGCGCACAUCUACGCCGCAGGAUUCGACUCGUCUAAAAGCAUCUUCCUCGGGGAGAAAGCAGCAAAAUGGUGGUGCUCUGAUAGUCAAAUGGACGGACUGACCACGAACGGUGUGUUAGUGAUGCAACCGCGCCACGGAUUCACCUGCGAGUCCAAACCGGGACCCUGGAGAGAGAUUUCAGUCUGUGGAAACGUCUUCACGCUCAGAGAGACGCGCUCCGCUCAGAAACGCGGCAAACUGGUUGAACACGAGUGUCACGAGCUGACGGAUGGCACUUUAAUAGAUCUGUGUGGCGCGACACUGCUGUGGCGUUCGGCGGAGGGUCUGUCCCGCACGCCGUCUCUUAAGCAACUGGAGGAGCUGCGGCGCGAGCUGAACGCGGCCCGGCCCCAGUGUCCCGUCGGCCUGCACACGCUGGCCUUCCCCAGCCUGCAGCGCUCCAUAAGAACAUCCAGCCUGCAGCACCAGCCCUGGGCGUACCUGCGCUGCGGACAUGUGCACGGCUACCACGCCUGGAGGGGGCGCCGGCGGGUCAGCAAACACGGCUCCACUGAGGAGGAGGAGGACGAGGACCAGAUGGAGGUGCAGGAGGGCGAGCGGGAGAUGAUGGAGGGCGAGAGGGAGUGCCCGCUGUGCCGAACGCGAGGCUUGUAUGUGCCGCUGAAACUAGGCCGCGAGUCAGGCCUUUAUCUGGACGGUGCUCCACCGACGCAUGCAUUUAACCCAUGCGGACACGUGUGCUCAGAGCGGACGGCGGCCUUCUGGAGCGACCUGCUGCUGCCGCAUGGCGCACACGGCUUUCACAAUGCCUGCCCCUUCUGUGUGAGGCCGCUAGCGCGAGAUAUGAAGUGUGUAAGACUGAUCUUUCAGGGGCCGCUGGACUGACUGUGUGUUUAUUUGUGCAUCUAAGACUGUGUUUGAAGAUUUUUUAGUGCUGAUUUUUUUUUUCGACAAGCCGUCAACUGUUCAGAUUCUAACUGCUCAGAUGAAAGUUGUAAGUUGAAAAUACACAUUACAAAAAAGGGUUUUCAUAAUUAGAGCAUUUUCAUUAGCCUUAAUGGCUUAAAGUACACAAUACAAAAAAAGAGUGCUGCGUCCCAAUUCGCUCACUUAUACUAAGUUCUAAAAGCCUGUACUGUUUGUGAAGAAAGAGCAUGCUUUUAAAUGUGUAACCGAAGAUUAUGCAAACUUUUGGCUAAAAGCGUCCACCAUUUUUGUAGUUUGUUUACGUUUUUCCUCAGAAUUUGUAGGUCUAACCAAAUUCACUUUCACCACACUGUGUAUUGUGGGCAAUGUUUGCACAAUUUUAAUUUUUUUUUUUAGAAUGAUUUUUCAGGGGUUUUGACCUUUAUUUGAGAGGACAGUAGAGAGUAUUGACAGGAAAGAAUGGGGAGCAGAGAGAGGGGAAAGAUCGGCAUAGGACCCCGAGGCGGGAAUCGAACUCGGGUCGCCGUGAGCGCCGGAGUGCAUGUGUCCACGCACUAAGCACUACACCACUGGCACAGACACACUUUGAAUUUUUAACAGAAAUAGUAGAGCAUGCGGGAAUCUUUGGCAUACUCUUUUUGACAUACUACGUUUUGGAACACACUCGUCAAUACUAUUUAAGAUGGAUAGUAUGUGAAUUGGGAUGCCGCAGGAGGGAGGUUUUCACAUCAGGAAUAUUUCUGUUUCGCACUAGGAAUGUUUUGUUACCUUUUAAAUUGUGGUAAUUGAAAUUGUGAAUUGAAAAUAGACAAUACUAAAAAGGGUUUUUACACUACAAGCAUUUCAGAGCAAACUGAAGUUCCGACUUAAAAUACAGAAUACAAAAAGAGGUUUUCACAUCAGGAACAUUUCUUUUAACCUUCAAAUUGCGCAAAUUCAAAUGGCAAAUUAAAAAUACACAAUACAAAAAGUUUUUUUUUAAAUUAGGAGCAUUUUCAUUAGUCCUCAGACUGCGUAAGUUAAAAUGGCGAAUUGAAAAUAUGCAAUACACAAAGAGGUUUCAUACUAGGAACAUUUUUGUUAUAGCCUUUAAAUUGUGCAAAAAAACCAAAUUGAGAAUAUGCAAUAAAAAGGGUUUCGCACUUCAGAGUAUACUAAACUUGCGAAAUUAAAAUAUGCAAGACAAAAAGGGUUUCCAUUACUGUUCCAUUACAUAACACCGUUUCCAUUGAGUCUUCAUGGAGCACACAAAUUUUACCCGGACUUUCGUGGGAGACAUGAAGCGUGUCAGACUGAUCUUUCAGGGGCCGCUGGACUAACUGUGGGUUUGUUUGUGCAUCUGAGACUGUGUUUGAAGAUAUUCGGUGCUGAUUUAAGAUAUUCAGUUUAGAUUCUACGAAUUGUGCAAAUGGAAAUCGCAAAUUAAAAACGCACAACAACAACAAAAGAGGUUUUCACACUGCGAGCAUUUCUGUUAGCUUAAAAAGUUUGAAAGAGUGACUUUCAUGAAUAUUUGGCUUGGUGUUGUAUAUUACACUACAGAAAUCUUGUAAUAAACUGCAGCACAUUUUCUGUUA